AUGAGUCCCGCCAACACCUCUGGCCUACACACGGACGCCAAGUCGGAGUACGGAAAGAGCAUGAACUCCUUCAAGACUCGCGGUCCUACAGUGGGCGGUGUUCGACGUUCUACGACUAAAAGGCCGACUGACGUCUCGGCUCUGCCCCUCACCUACUGCGGCCAAUCUUUCCGCAAGACAAGUGGACAGGAGGUGCCCACGAAGACCUCGGCAGGUCGAGGACUUCCACUUGGUCUCACUAUGGCAAACCGAAGCAAAAAACGUGUGCUCUGCACCACGUGCAAAAAAUCAUUUUGCGACAAAGGAGCCCUCAAGAUCCACUACAGUGCAGUACACCUCCGAGAGAUGCACAAGUGUACCAUAAAGGGCUGUAACAUGUGGUUCAGCUCUAGAAGGAGUCGAAAUCGACACUCGGCCAACCCAAACCCUCGCCUGCAUAUGGCCCACGCUGGAAAGAAGCUUCCGGACAAUGCAACUAUUGUCGAUGACGGCAGUGGCUACACCAUUGUUCGGAGGAAUCCGAUGCCAAAUGUGGUCCUAAACCCCCCAGUCCUCUCUCUCUAUGGCUCAUUUGAGGCAACGGAUGCAGGAAGGUCCGAUGAGACAGGCCUUCAUCGAGGUCAGUCGGAUUCCUCAGCAGGACCGCAGAAGGAAGCCCCCCAACUGACAGACCCCUCACCACCCGACUCCUUGGCUGGCUCGAAAGACAGCCCCCGCAGAACACAAAAGCCCGAGAAACGUAGCCGAAAGGGUUCCAAACGGGAGGACAGCAAUGAAGAGAAUGCAAAGAACGCAGUCUUCCCA